AUGGGUGUAGGAAGACGUAUGAAGAAGCAGGGCAUGCCCGAACCUCUCGAUGAAGCACAUUUCACCAAUUUAAAACGCAAAGCUGGAAUGUCUGUAGCAGAAUCGAGGGCAGAAUCGUUGCAAUACGCUCCCGAUUCCAACAAGAAACGUCGAACUUCAGACAAAAAGUCCAAUGGAGCUAUCAAUAGCAAAAAGAAGUCAGCGGCACCAAGUGCGACGAAGGGAAAAUUUACAAAUUCGCUACUAGUUCAGAAACCUUCCGGAAAGAAGUCGAAACAAGCUGCCGCUGCACCAUUACCCGUGUCAGAUGAGGAAAUGGAGGAUGGUGACUCUGAUGCAGCAGAUCUCAUGAAUGACGAGUUUGACGAAGUAGAUGUUUCUGACGACGACGGGCCUGGUCUCCCAGAUGAUUUUCUUGGCUCGGACAGUGGAAGUGAUGUUUACGAUUCCGAUGAUGAUCAUCCAAAAGCAAUGUUCUCCGAGGAUGAGGAUGAGUCCGACGCCGAAGAAAAACUUACAGCUGCAAAUAUUGCAGGACUCUCAAGGAAAUUGGAUGAGCAACAGGCAGAGGAGGCGGCAGAGGCACAAGCCGAGUUAGAGGAAGCUGCCAUGCAAACGAACAUUGCUGGAGAUAAGCCUCAUAUCUUCGACAGCGACGAUGAAGGAGAAGCUCCCAAGACUAAUGCUUUAUUAGCUCCGGAUCUACAACUUUUGCGAUCCAGAAUCAAUGAUACUAUUCGAGUUCUAGAUGACUUUUCAAACCUUUCUGAGGAGGGCCGAUCCAGAGCCGAGUACACGGCUCAAUUGAUCAAGGAUAUUUGCGCGUAUUAUGGUUAUUCGGGAUUCUUAGCGGAAAAGCUCUUCAACUUGUUCCCACCCAAGGAAGCUUUUGCAUUUUUCGAGGCCAACGAAACUCCAAGACCUGUAGUCAUCCGAACAAAUACCUUACGAACACAUCGGAGAGACCUUGCACAGGCAUUGAUCAACCGCGGGGUAGUCCUCGAACCAGUAGGAAAAUGGUCCAAAGUCGGCCUGCAGAUUUUUGAGAGUGCCGUACCAUUGGGUGCCACUCCAGAAUAUCUUGCUGGACAUUAUAUUCUACAGGCCGCAUCUUCUUUCCUCCCCGUGAUGGCUCUCGCACCUCAAGAAAAUGAGCGUGUCCUCGACAUGGCAUCCGCUCCUGGUGGAAAGACAACGCAUAUUGCCGCAUUGAUGAAGAACACGGGUUGCAUUUUCGCCAACGAUAGCAACAAAUCUCGUGCUAAGGGUCUGAUCGGUAACAUUCAUCGUCUAGGUGCCAAAAAUGUGAUUGUGUGCAACUAUGAUGCGAGAGAGUUUCCCAAGGUCAUUGGGGGUUUUGACCGUGUCUUGUUAGAUGCACCAUGUUCUGGUACUGGAGUCAUUGCAAAGGAUGCUAGUGUGAAGACAAACAAGACCGAGCGAGAUUUCCUCAUGCUUCCACAUUUACAAAAACAGCUCCUCCUCUCAGCUAUCGAUUCAGUUGAUCACGCAAGCAAGACUGGAGGUUAUAUCGUUUACUCUACAUGUAGUGUUACGGUCGAGGAGAAUGAGCAAGUUGUACAAUAUGUGCUCAACAAAAGGCCAAACGUUAAGCUUGUGGAGACUGGCCUAGCUUUUGGUAAAGAGGGCUUCACGUCAUACAUGGGCAAGAGCUUUGACAAGAACAUGAAGAUGACGAGAAGAUAUUACCCCCAUGCUUACAAUGUUGAUGGUUUCUUCGUCUCUAAAUUCAAGAAGACAGGUCCAUCACCAAAGAGCCGACCUGGCGAGAAGGAGGCUGGGAAGGGAUUUGAUGAGCUGGAUGUUGAUAAAACUCCUAUCAGGGAGACCGAGGAAGAGGAUGCUUUCGGAGGGUGGGAUGAAAAUGAAGAUGAAGAGUAUAUAGAGAAGGCGAGGAAGAACACCUUGAAACGCAAGGGUAUCGACCCAAAGGCAGACAAGUCAAAGUCGGAUACCAAAGUAGAGAAGACCAAGAAGGAAGAAAAGACUAAGGCAGAUGCAACCGAGAAGGAGAUUACGGGGAAGACUAAGAAGGAAGAGGACAAAAAGGAUGGAACCACAAAGAAAGAUACCAUGAAGGAGAGCAAGGAAAAGAAGAAGAAAGGAAACAAAUCCAAAUAG